AUGAACGCACCCAACCGCUACGAGCUCUUUGUUCUCGACGAUGGCGAGAAGGCCGUCGAGGUAACGGAAGACACGAAGCUCACGAACGCCGCAACAAUCAAGGUUCUCAAGCAGGACCAUACUUUGGCAAAUAUGCUUCGCGCUCAGCUGCUCGCCAACCCGGCCGUCACCUUUGCUGGCUACAAGGUCCCGCACCCUCUGCAUCCCUACUUCCUCAUCAAGCUCCAGACCGACGGCUCGCUUACGCCGUCGGCGGCACUCGAGAAGGCCGCAACAGAGCUUAUUACUACGCUCAACUCGCUUGAGAAUAAGUUCAAGCGCGAGUUCAGCUUGCGCGAUGUAAACGGUGGCGCUGGAGGUGAAGAUGUGGGCGCGCCGUGGGGUGCUGGACAGAGGGAUUACAUGGACUUCUGA